AAUAUGGAAAAUAAGGAAUGAAUUGCUUAUAUCGCAUAAUGAAGCAAUUAUAAUUGUUUCUUAUGCACUUAUUUUGAUUCAUUCAUUUUCCAUUUGCCAUGGGGCCAGCGUUGUAUGUGACGCACCUUACUCCGCCAGUACGAGCUGUUCUUAUGACCGUGAAAUCAAUUGAUCUUGAUGUAAAACUCAAACAGUUAAAUGUGGAAAAAAAUGAGCAUAAAAGUCCUGAAUUUCUUAAGUUAAAUCCCCAACAUACCGUUCCCACUUUGGUCGACGAUGAUGGUUUUGUCCUUUGGGAUAGUCAUGCCAUUAUGGCUUACCUCGUUUCGAAGUAUGCCAAAGACGACUCUCUUUAUCCACGAGAUAUAAAAAGAAGAGCUCUGGUGAACCAAAGAUUGCAUUUUGAAAAUGGGGUUGCAUUUCCUGAGAUGUUAAAAAUUUUGUAUCCAAUACUCUAUGAAGGGAAAAAAGUAAUUACACAAGACGAUAAAAUCGCAGCUGAGGAGAUUUAUUCAUUUUUAGAGGCUUUUCUUGAAGGAAAACUGUGGAUGGCUGGCGAUUCUGUCACGAUUGCGGAUUACAGCUUGAUAACAACGAUUAGUGCUCUUAACGUUUUGGUAAAAAUCGAUCGUUUUGUGUAUCCAAACUUGAUUACAUGGGUGAAGAAUCUUGAACAACUACCCGUUUAUGAGGAGAAUAGAAAAUGGCUUGACAGUUACACUAAUUACGUUAAAUUAUUGUUACGGUGAACGUUUCGAAAUUUAUUUCAGUUGAAUAAUACAAGAAUAAUUAAUUUGCGGAAAGCA